AUGACCCAUAUCGAUGACCGUAUACAAACAAAUUAUUUUUCUUUAUUUCUCUCCUAUUUUGAUUGCAAUCUUUUGUAUUAUCAUCAUUUACUUUUUCUUUCUUAUUCUUCCUACCUUCCUUUCUUUUUCUCUCCUUCCCUAACUUUCUCCCUUCCUUUUUUUCUUUCAUUCCUUCUUUCCAUCUUUCUUUCUUUCUUCUUUCUUUCUUUUCUUCCUUCUUUCUUUCCUUCUUUUUAUCCUCCUUUCCUAACUUUCUCCCUUCCUUCUUUCUUUCAUUCCUUCUUUAUUUCUUUCUUUCUUUCUUUCAUCAUUCUUUUCUUCUUCCUUCAUUCCUUUCCUCUUCUUUCUUUCUUUCCUUCCUUUUAUCCUUCUUUCCUACCUUUCUCCUUUCUUUCUUUCUUUCUUCCUUCAUUCUUUUCCUCUUCUUUCUUUCCUUUGUUCUUUCUUUCUUUCCUUCCUUUUAUCCUUCUUUCCUACCUUUCCUUCUUUCUUUCUUUCUUUCUUCAUUCUUUACCUCUUCUUUCUUUCCUUUCUUCAUUCUUUUCCUCUUCUUUCUUUUAUCCUCCUUUUCCACGUUUCUCCCUUCCUUCUUUCUUCAUUCUUUACCUCUUCUUUCUUUCCUUUCUUCAUUCUUUUCCUCUUCUUUCUUUUAUCCUCCUUUUCCACGUUUCUCCCUUCCUUCUUUCUUUCAUUCCUUCUUUCCAUCUUUCUUUCUUGCUUCCUUUCUUAAUUCUUUUCUUCUUCCUGCCUUCCUUCUCUUCUUUCUUUCUUUCUUUUUUUCUUUCUUUCUUUCUUUACUUGCUUUCUUUCUUUUGUUCUUUCUUUCUCUCCUCCUUCUCUUCUUUCCUCUUUUCUUUUCUUCCUUGCUUAUUUCCUUUCUUCAUUUCCUCUAAACUUGCCAAUAAGCAACCUUGUGAUAAACUGGAUAUUCCUGAAUUUUGGUUGCCAUCACUCAAGAUGACUUUGCAAUUACCAUCUUCUUACUCCAAGAUUAUUUGA